AUAUGAAAAUAUUUUUUAAAAAUAAUUAACUGUGUAUCUUAUCUUGUGGAAAAAAAAAGAAAUGAAUAUGAUUAUGCAGUAGUUGACGCAUCGUCGAUAACGUGUUAUCAAUAUUUUCGUGUGAUGAAAUAUAACAUAAUGCAAUUUGAAGAUUCUCAUAUCAUUUCCUUUCACGUAAUGAUAUUGGGGAAAAAAUCUCAUGGAUUCCAUUUAUGACAAUGCAACAAACUAUUCGCAGCUGUUUGAUAAAAAUUUGUCUCGAUAAAAUUGUACGUGCGAUAAGCAAAUGUUUUAUUCGUCCCAUGAGUUAUUUGUAUUAAAUAUUAUUCAUCAAGUUUAUAAAACACAUUUUUUCCGGUAUUUCAAGUACAACGGAAAGGCUUUGUCCUAUAACUAAUAUAACAUGUACGGAGUAUGUCUAUGAUAACAUCAGAAGAAUGCAAACCGUAGAGAUGAACAGUGGCAAGGAGGAAUCUUUUCCAUUUCGUAACCUUAAGGAAUUGUACGAUGGGUUAGAAAAUUUGGUAACAUGGCCAAGAGUGACACCGAUGAGAGAGAUCACCGAAUACGUUUAUCAUGGAUUGGAGGUACAUCACAAAACAUUGAGUUUAAGUAAACUUAAAGCGGACCAUGUACCAAAAACUUUGCUUUGUCACGACAUGAAAGGUGGUUACCUCCAAGAUAGGUUCAUAAAUGGUUCUAAUUCAAAUGAAGAAUAUUUAUUUUAUCACUGGAGUAUCAUAGAUACAUUCGUUUACUUCAGCCACUAUUUUGUAACUAUACCACCUUAUGGAUGGAUCAAUGCUGCUCAUAGCCAUGGGGUAAAGGUGUUGGGCACGGUGAUAACGGAGCAUACCAAUGGAGAAGAUAUUUGGAACUCGAUCUUGCACUCUAAGGAAACUAUCAAACGUUUUGCCAAUGCGCUUGUUCAAAUAGCUAAAUUUUAUAAAUUCGAAGGUUGGCUAUUGAACGUUGAAAAUAAAAUUAAACUAGAAGACAUUGGUAAUCUUGUAUAUUUUGUCAAAUAUUUAACUGAUAGUAUUCACAAAGAAAUUAUUGAUUCUGAAAUAAUAUGGUAUGACAGCGUAACGCACACAGGAGAAUUAAAAUGGCAGGAUGAACUUAAUAUAAAAAACAAAGACUUCUUUUUAAGUUGCGAUGGAAUUUUUUUAAAUUACAAUUGGACCGAUCAGAAAUUAAUAAAUAGUUGUACGCUUGCAAAAGAUCUCGAACGUAACAUAAAAGACAUUUAUGUGGGUCUGGACGUUUGGGGUAGAGGUUGUCCCGGAGGCGGUGGUUUCAAUUCUGCCCAUGCACUGGAAAGGAUACGCAAACAAAAUCUAUCGGUUGCCAUUUUUGCUCCAGGCUGGACGCAUGAAUAUUUCGGUGCGAAAACCUUUGAUCAAUUGGAAGAUAUGUUUUGGGCUCAACUGUUUCCUUUCUUAUACGUUCAUAUUCCAAUUUAUUACAACGAGAAGUUUAGUACAUCUUUUUGUCGGGGCAGCGGCUCGGCCUACUAUCGUCGUGGUAUUACGCAGCUCGAGGAUUCCAACAAGAAACCAUUUUAUAACUUGUCCAUGCAAAAAGUACAAAUUUCCGUGCCUGUGCCGUUUCUCAAAAUUAUUGCUUUCACGGAAGAGGUCCAAUCCGUUAAAGAAAAUGAAAAUUCUACGAAGAAAAAAAUUCUUUACGUGUACGAAACGGAAAAAAGUUUCGUUCGGAUUUUAGACAAUAACGUAAAUUUUCAACCAAAAUCAGCAGCCACAAACGCGAACUAUUUCGAGUUUUGCAACGAAUAUUCGUUCGAAGGUGGAGGUUGUCUUAAAGUGAUAACUACAAAUCCUCUUUACUAUCACAGAUUAUUCCUAGUAUACGUCGAGUUUGAUCGAGAUCUGCAAGGAUCCAUUGUUUACAAGGCAGAAGAAACGAGCUCAGAUGAACCUGUCCUGAUAUUGGGCAACGAUUUAGGCUUGAAAUCUAUCACGUCUUACGAGAGCUUCGAGUUAGGAGCAGGUUGGAGAAAGUGCAUUUACCUGACCGACCUGAGGACCGUGAACGAGAUCGGUGUGAAGUUCUACAGGGAGAAUAACUGUUAUUUGGGGGAGAUCGCGUUGGAAGGGAAACACCGUCGAUACGAUCGUUGCGAGUCAGCGGACUGUGCCAACCGGAUCAGCGACUACACCGUGUCUACUGACCUUUCCCGAACAACCUAGCCACGUUAGAAGUAAU